AUGUCCUACAACGACUCCAACGCUUUCGGCACCCAGGAUCGUUUCGACAGCACUCGUCAGGGUGAAUUCACCAAUACUGACAACACCCGCCGUGGUGGACUCAACGACAACACUACCAGCGGUUACGAUAAUACCACCCGCUCGGACAAUUACACUUCUGGCAAUGCCGGCACAGUAGGCUCUAACCCUACCGGCUUCACCGACAGCACUCAUACCAGCGGGCGCAAUCAAGACACCUACGGUAGCACGACUGCCGGUACUACCGGUACUACUACCACACCCGGCAAUUACGGCUCUUCGACCACUGGUGACAAGUACGGCUCGUCGAGGGCCGAUGACUUUGGAUCCUCCGAAGCCGAUAAUCACAGGACGACAAAUACCUACGGGUCGUCGAACACCAGUGACAACUACGGCUCAACUGACCGCACUCGUGGCACUGAUCUGAACACCCGAACCGGAGGACACGACUCAUCAAACACCACAAGUGGUUACAGCAACGACAACUAUGGGCCUACGACUGGUGUUACCGGUGCUACUGGCACUACUGGUACCAGUAGUACUACCGCCGGCUACGGUGCCGGGUCCACAACUGACAACUACGGCACCUCCCACACCGAUCGUCAUGGAAAGCCUAACACCGAUAAUUUUGGCAAUACCGACCGUGAUACAUAUGGACGUGGUACCAAUGCCACCGGGACUGACGAGUUUAACACUGGUCGUGGCAACGACCACAAGCCGACCAUGGGUGAAAAGGUCAAGGGCACCAUGGAGACCAUCCAAGGAAAAAUGACCGGAAAGCCCGAGGUAGUUGAGCGUGGCAAGGAGCGCAAGGCCGGAAACCUCGAUUAUCACUAA